AUGCCUCCUCAAACCCUAUCAGACGAGAAUAGCGUAGAAUCCAACAAGGCAGUGCUCUCAGGCGCUGCGAAGGACAUUCACCGGGCAGGGGACUCGUGGGCGGCUGUCUUGCGUCUCGCGGACGCUCAGAUCCGACAUCUCGUAACUAUCUCUUCAGGCACUCGCGGAACUCGGGUCACGGGUUCUUCGAAGGCACGCACUCAUGCCUUUUUGAUCGGCAUCCCGAACAUCGAUCGGCAUGCCGCUUUGGCAUACUGUUUGAACCCGGAGGGAAUUCGAAAAUCACAGGCGGGCAAUCUGGCGCUGUCCUGA